AUGGCUGAUCCGGUCUAUAGUUUUGAAAAAGUUGAAGAUUUCUUCUCAAAUUACGAGUCUUGGACGAAGCUUGGUAAUGUUCUUAGUCACGAUUACAAUCCCGGUAUUCGUACGCUUACCCUAAUUAUCGAAGGUGGAUACCCUCAAGGUCAAUCAUGUUGUCUCCUGAUUCAGUUGCUUGGGUAUAAUGUUUUUCGCGUACGCUUUGACCCAAGUAAGAGAAACGCUGAUGAAUAUAUUACAAACAACACUCGUGCAGUAGUUAUGGACACAUGGGCAGAUCUUCAGGAUGAAUGGGGCCAAUUCACCACAAAUUUUAAUAAUGAUCCAAAUAAAAUCAGCAUUGAUACAAUACAUACGGAUGGUAAUACACAAUUCAUGAAGAUUGAAGUAGGUCUUAAUCCUUUCUCUAUUCGAGUUGAUCGUUUUGAAGGUGGGAAUCCAUACCCAAUUUGGACAACUAACGGUGAAAUAGGAUUGCGUUGGAGUGAAGUUAAAGAUGGUGAUGUUAUAACUACUUUCAAAAUAAUUCAAGUCGUAGAUAAAUCUCCAACCGCAAAGUACGCUGGAUUUGGUGAACAUGGAGGAGUUGGUUUAUUUAAAAAUUCACAACAACUCACCUUCUUCAAUUAUGAUAAUUUUGGAUAUGGUCAAAUUUAUGGUCAAGGACCUCUGGAUCAACGUGAACCUCUUUACCACUCUGACCCUUUUUUUAUGGAAUUCAAUGGGGUUCCUGGAAAAACAUCGGUUACUGGCAUGUAUAUUGAUAAUUACUCACUUAUUUGUAUGGAUAUUGGUCAUGAAAAGUCAGAUAGAAAUAUGUUUGGUAUUAAAUUUGGCGAACUCGAUUAUUAUGUAUUUGCUGGAAAUGAAUGCAAAGAUAUUAUAAGUAGUUUCACAAGUUUGGUUGGACGUUGUAGACUUAAACCUCGUUAUGUUCUUGGUUUCCAUCAAGGAUGUUAUGGCUGGACGAAGAGACAAGAUUUAGAGGAUACACUCCAAAAAUACAGAGAGAAUAAUAUUCCAAUUGAUGGUCUUCAUAUUGACAUUGACUCUCAAAAUAAUUAUGAGGUUUUUACCUUAAAUCCUGUAACUUUUCCUAACGCCAGAGAAAUGUUUAAUAAUUUACGAAGUAAUGGCGCAAAAUGUUGUGUUAAUGUUACUCCCAUUAUUAAAAAAGGUGAUAAUAAUUAUACACCAUAUAAAGAGGCUACGGAGAAUGACUACUUGAUCUUAGAUACGCGUGUUAAAAGUUUAUCAGGUAAUUUACUCCAGCAAUACUAUGAAGGAGGUAAUGAAGUGAUAGGAAAAAUGACCAUCGAUGACAAUCUCAGUGGCACUCCCACUCCAUUUACUGGCAGGGUGGACUAUGGUUAUGGUAAUACUGUCUCGGGUCACUAUCCAGACCUUGGUCGGAAGGAAGUCAGAAAUUGGUGGGGUAAACAGUAUGAAACACUUUUUUCAUUGGGUUUAGAAUUUGUAUGGCAAGACAUGACAACUCCAGCUAUUGAUAAAACUCGAGGUGAUAUGAAAGGAUUUCCUUUCAAACUUCUUGUUACAGACGAUUCUUUAUCUGCUAAAUCACCUUCAUUAAGCCCUGCUCUCAAAGUGUGGAACCUUUUUUCUUAUAAUCUACAUAAAGCAUCAUAUCAUGGUCUAAAUUCUCUUCCCGGUCGAGAAGGAAAACGCAAUUUUAUUAUAGGCCGUGGUAGCUUUACUGGUUCUCAUCGGUUUUGUGGUUUGUGGACUGGAGAUAAUUCAUCAACAUGGGACUUUUACCGAAUCAAUAUUGCGCAGGUAUUAGCUGUUGGACUUUCAGGACUUUCAAUAGUAGGAGCAGAUAUUGGAGGGUUUGGUAAAGGUGUUGAUAAUGGACAAUGGGCUAGUCCUGAGCUAAUUGUUCGUUGGACAACAGCUGGAUCAUUCCUACCAUGGUUUAGAAAUCAUUAUGUAAAGAAUAUUGAUGUGACAAUCGAUGGUCAAAGGAAAGUCCAUGAUGGAAAAUCUUUUCAGGAACUUUAUGUUUUCAAGGAUUACCAAUAUGCAUUUGGAGUCACAGACUAUCAACGGGUAUUCUACCGUGCGGUUCUUCCUGUAACUAGACAUUACAUAGAAUUGCGAUAUAGGUUAAUGCAACUUUGGUAUGAUUUAAUGUGGGUGAAUGUGCUUGAAAGUAUGCCAAUGUGUCGAGCAUUGUUUAUUAAUGAUCCACAUGAUGAUACACUUUAUAACGAUAAGAUUGAAUUUAACAGUAAUCAGUUCUUUGUUGGCAAAGAUCUCCUUGUAGCACCUAUAAUGGACCCUGGUGCUACUAAACGAGAUAUUUAUUUGCCAACCACAGAUAAUUGGUAUAGCUUUGUGGACAGUAAAUUCCCACUAGCAAGUGCAGUUGAAGGUGGCACAACAGUUCGAGAUUUUGAUGCACACAUUGAUGGUGAUGACUAUAAUCAUUUGGGAUUCAUUGUUCCAAUAUACAUUCGUGCUGGAGCUAUAAUCCCAGAAAUUCCUCUUGAGCAAUGGGUGGGACAACUUCACGAGCAUGGUAAACCUUGCAAUAUCACCCUCAAUAUCUAUCCAGGAAAAAAGGGACUUUAUACUAUGUAUUUGGAUGAUGGGGUUAGUCUUUCUUCUGCACCACCUGAUGCGCCUCAAUACAAGUACCUUGAUCAAGAAGAAAAAAAGUAUGCAAAAGGGGAAUACCGAGAAGUAAAGAUUGAACAUAUUCAAUCCGGAACUAACCGUGAUAUCACAAUCACGCGAUCUAGGGAUAAUUACACGCCUCCUUUAGAAACAUUCUACCGGGUGGCUAUAUUACAUGAUCCGUCAGAACCUUUUCAAGGUUCAAAUGGACCUUUAAUGUCCAUCAUUGUUAAUGGUCAUGUGUUAAACGAUCCUAACAAAGAUAUGGUUUUAAGUAACGACAAUAGCAAUCCUAUUAAUU